GCAAACGAUAUAAAAAAUUGGUUUCUUAUUACAAAAUGAGCUGUUUAUAAUAAUUGGUGAUAAAAUGGCGCGCCCUUUGGGUUUGUCCAAAAUUCUACUAUUUUACAUAUCACUGCUGAAUAUAUGCUUAAUAUCGGCUAUAGAUGAAAAUGAUUUUAGAUAUAUAUUAUUUAAAGAUAUUCAUAAAGAAUCGCAUAGGUUUUCACAACACGAAAUCGUCGAUUAUUCGAAAAUUUUGUUCGAUCAUACACGAGAUCAGAUCAUAGUCGGAGCAAGUGAUUAUCUCCUGAGACUAUCCUUAUCUAAUUUGUCUCUGAUUGAAUCCACUUGGAUUCCGCCGACUGAAAUUGCGACGAAAAGUUGUCUCGAUAAAGGACAAUCAGAAGCUUUUUGCAAAAAUCAUUUCAGGGUUUUAUUGGAAUUGGAGAACGAAGACUCCAUAUUGGUCUGUGGCACAAACGCCUUUUUUCCUCAAUGCUGUGUGAGAAAGAUUACCGAUCUCAAACAGCUGGACAAUGUGCCAGGGCCGUCGGAGUUUGCCCUUAUUCCCCUUUGGCCAACUCGACUGCCAUUUUGA